UUCCUUUUUCUUUUCCAAAGUAAUUAAUAAUUAUGGUUUUUUAUCAGAAUAAAUAAUUAUAAUUGACCUUUAAUCGACGGUCUUGAUCUCUCCUCCUCUCGUCGGAGAAGCAGUGGAGAGCAAUGAGAGGAAUGUCAGCGAAGCUACCAUCACCACUCUUCCCAUGGCUCAUCUUCAUAACACUCGCAUCCCUCUAUUUCCUCUCUUCUUUCAUCUCCUUCAACACCCCUUCUUCCUCUUCCACUUCCCAAUCACUCUCAAUCCCACACUGUGAUCUCUCCAAAGGUCGCUGGCACUUCGAUCCAAACCGCAAACCUCUCUACGACGACACCUGCCCCUUCCACCGAAACGCAUGGAACUGCAUCAGAAACCAGCGCCAAAAUCUCACCUUCAUCAACUCCUGGACCUGGCUCCCACGCCGCUGCGAUUUGCCUCGGAUCGACCCGCUUCGCUUCCUCACUAAGAUGAGGAAUCGGAAUGUUGGCUUUGUUGGCGACUCCCUCAAUGAGAAUUUCUUGGUUUCUUUUCUCUGCAUUCUCAGGGUCGCUGAUGAGAGUGCUAAGAAGUGGAAAAAGAAGGGUGCUUGGAGGGGUGCUUAUUUUCCCAAGUUCAAUGUCACCGUAGGGUAUCAUCGUGCUGUUUUGCUCUCCAAAUACCAGUGGCAGCCAAAACAAUCUGAAGCUGGGGUGGGAGAUGCGCCACAAGGUAUCUAUCGAGUUGAUGUUGAUGUUCCUUCUGAUGACUGGGCUAAAAUUGCCGGGUUCUAUGAUGUCCUAGUGUUCAAUACUGGUCAUUGGUGGAAUUUUGACAAAUUCCCCAAAGAGAAACCUCUUGUCUUCUACAAAGCAGGACAACCAAUAGUUCCUCCGCCUGCAAUGCUGGAUGGACUUAAAGUAGUCCUUGAUAACAUGAUCGCAUAUAUUGAAAAGGAAUUCCCCAGAGACACUCUUAAAUUCUGGCGUUUACAAUCUCCAAGGCAUUUUUAUGGUGGAGAUUGGAAUCAAAAUGGAAGCUGCCUGUUCAAUAAGCCACUCGAGGAGAAUGAGCUUGAAUUAUGGUUCGAACCGAGGAACAAUGGAGUUAACAAGGAAGCAAGACAGCUGAAUGCUGUGAUUGAAGAGGCAUUACAAGGCACUGACAUCCAAAUGCUCGACUUAACUCAUUUGAGCGAGUUCAGAGCUGAUGCUCAUCCGGCAAUUUGGUUAGGAAGGAAAGAUGCAGUGGCAAUAUGGGGUCAGGAUUGCAUGCAUUGGUGUCUGCCUGGUGUCCCAGACACAUGGGUUGAUAUACUGUCUAAACUGAUACAUGAUAAUUUCGAGUAACUGGUGUGCAAUGUAAAGCUGAUAUCGGAUCUUGUAUGUCAUGCACUGAAAAUUUCCACUAUAGAUACUGGGGCCUGGCUGCCAUGAAUGUUUCUGGGACCAAGAUGUGAGAAUCUUGUGUUGUACAUUAUGAUGUGGAAGGCUGUCUUUGAUGGAAGAGAAGUUUUACUCCACGAUGUUUGAUGGAAGAAGUGGUUAUUUUGGUUGAGCAUGAGCCUACUAUAAUACUAAAAGCGGCUCCCUUGUAAAUCCCCUACGCUAAAAUUCUUUUAUUCAGAUUGUAAUGAUUAUUAUUUUUUGCGAACC